GGGCUUCCUCCUGGGGUCUUCAGCCUGCUUGGCGCCAGCCUUUCCGUUGGAAUUCAAGAUCUGAGAAAGAACUCUGGCGACUCUUGAGCAGCUCUCCGAGAUCUUAUCCCCAGGCACAGUGGGGAAGCUGGCUGUCAGCGUCUGCUUGACCUGACUCUCAGGGAGGUGGGCCCGUGAGGCGGCGGGGCUGAGGGCACCUGGUUAAUACCAACUGCAACCUCGCCUCCAGCCUGGCUCACAGUUCCUGUGAACCCGGUGAGGGUGGGAGGCCACCAGGCAGAAUCCAGACUCUUUCAUGGGGUUCAUGCAUGGGGGGAGCUGUUGUCUGUGGGGUCGCCAAUCCCUUAUUUUCUUCCUUGGGUGACUGAUUCUUCCUCGAGUUUUUCAGAGAUGAGGGCAGUAGGGCCUCAAAUCCACCACCUAGUUCCUCAUCCUAACUUCUAGGGCAGAUAGUAAAUCCCUUGGUUUCCAGAUCUUUCUCCAGGCUAACUUUCUUUCCUCAAUUCACAGCAACAUCAUGAAUUCCUACCUCCCCCACCCACCCGUGCUAAAUUUCAGAGUCCCAGUAUUUUAAUUUUCAUUUUGUUUUCAGAGAGCAAUGUGUGGCUGCUGCUUCUGCUUAUUCUGCUUCUGCUUCUUCCUUCUCCCUCUUCUUCCUCCUUUCUUUUUUUAAAAUUAUUAUUAUUUUUUUUUUUACAAAGACAGGGUUUCACCAUGUUGGUCACGCUGGUCUUGAACUCCUGACCUCAGGUGAUCCACCCACCUUAGCCUCUAAAGUGCUUGGAUUACAGGCAUGAGCCACCAUGCCCGGCCUUCUUCUUUUUUUGAGGCAGAGUUUCGCUCUUGUUGCCUAGGCUGGAGUGCAGUGGUGCGAUCUCGGCUUACUGCAUCCUCUGCCUCCUAGGUUCAGCGAUUUUCCUGCCUCAGCCUCCUGAGUAGCUGGGAUGACAGGUGCCCUCCACCGUGCCAGCUAAUUUUUUGUAUUUUUAGUAGAGACGGGGUUUCACUGUGUUGGCCAGGCUGGUGUUGAACUCCUGACUUUAGGUUAUCCACCUACCUCAGCCUCCCAAAGUGCUGGGAUUACAGGUUGAGCCACCGAGCCCGGCUGGGCUUCUUAAAAGAUUUGUGUUUCUCAACAUUUCACAUGUGAGGAAGCAGAGAAUAAUGUGACACUCCACUGCAAAAAAACCUUUGUGUCUCUCCAUUUCUUUCCCCUGGGUACAGAUACCUUCUCAACAUCUUUGGGUUGAGAGUCCCCUUUGGAAACUUUACAGGGUUAUGUCCUCAGCCCACCCUCUGUCUUUUCCUGGUUCUGUUUCAGAACUGCCUGAGGUUGACCCAAGAUACACACAGCUGUCCUGUCUCUGGGAGGGUCUAGUGAAUAUCAGCCUCUGGUUCCUUUCUCCCAGUGAACAGCCUGAGGUGUUGGGGUAGUGCCUCACAGAGAACAGCUGGAUGCCCUGGGAGGGAUGGGAUAUCAUUUCUAUAAAAAGCUAACCCUUGGGACAAUCACCUUUUCCUCCCCAACCCCAGUUUCCAUUCCCUAGGGACACAGGCUGGUCAGCCAAAUGAAUGGUCGUAUUUGGGGGAGAAGGCAGAAAUGAUUUCUUCCUUCCUGACUCUCAGACUAGUGAAGAAAGAAAACAGUAUGAUUCAGUAGCCUUUGAGGAUGUGGCUGUGAACUUCACUCAGGAAGAGUGGGCAUUGCUGGGUCCAUCACAGAAGAGUCUGUACAGAGAUGUGAUGUGGGAAACCAUUAGGAACCUGGACUACAUAGGAAUGAAAUGGGAAGACACAAACACUGAAGAUCAGCACAAAAAUCCCAGGAGAAGCCUAAGAUGUCAUAUUGUAGAGAGAUUCCGUGAAAGUAACUGGAUUUCAGAUAGUAUUGUGGAUGAAAAAACUCCUGGAGUAGAUCUGUGUGAAAGCAAUGUGCAUGGAGAAGUCAACAUGGAUUGUUCAUUCCUUAAUUGCAUCACAUUUGAUGCUGGACACAAACCAGGUGAGUGUCAGGAAUAUGGAGAGAAGCCACAUACAUAUAAACAAUGUGGGACAGCCUUCAAUUAUCACCACUCCUUUCAAACACAAGAAAGAUCUCACACUGAAAAGAAACGCUAUGAUUGUAAGGAAUGUGGGAAAACCUUCAGUUCUUUGGGAAACCUUCGAAGACACAUAAUAGUGCAACGUGGAGGUGGACCUUAUAAAUGUAAGUUGUGUGGAAAAGCCUUUUUUUGGCCUAGUUUAUUUCAUAUACAUGAAAGAACUCACACUGGAGAGAAACCAUAUGAAUGUAAGCAGUGUUCAAAAGCCUUCCCUAUUUACAGUUCCUUUCUAAGACAUGAAAGAACACAUACUGGGGAGAAACCAUAUGAAUGUAAGCAGUGUUCCAAAGCCUUCCCUGAUUCCAGUUCCUUUAUAAGACACAAAAGAACUCACACUGGAGAAAAACCCUAUAAAUGUAAACAAUGUGGAAGAGCCUUCAGUGUUUCCAGUUCCCUUCGAAUACAUGAAAGAACUCACACUGGAGAGAAACCCUAUGUAUGUAAGCAAUGUGGGAAGGCAUUUCAUCAUCUGGGAAGCUUUCAAAGACACAUGAUAAUGCACACUGGAGAUGGACCCCAUAAAUGUAAGGUAUGUGGGAAAGGCUUUGAUUGUCCUAGUUCACUGCAAAGUCAUGAAAGAACUCACACUGGAGAGAAACCCUAUGAAUGCAAGCAGUGUGGGAAAGCAUUAUCUCAUCGCUCAAGCUUUCGAAGUCAUAUGCUAAUGCACACUGGAGAUGGACCUCAUAAAUGCAAGGUAUGUGGGAAAACCUUUGUUUAUGUCAGCGUAUUUCAAAGACAUGAAAGGACUCACACUGGUGAGAAACCCUAUGAAUGUAAGCAAUGUGGAAAAGCCUUCCGUAUUUCCAGUUCCCUUCGAAGACAUGAAGCAACUCACACUGGAGAGAAACCCUAUAAAUGCAAAUGUGGGAAAGCCUUUAUUAAUUUCUAUUCCUUUCAAAAUCACGAAUCAACUCACACUGGAGAGAAGCCAUAUGAGUGUCAGGAAUGUGGGAAAGCUUUCAGUUGUUCCACAUACCUUUCUCAGCAUAAAAGGAUCCACACAGCUGAAAAACCUUAUGAGUGUAAAACAUGUAGGAAAGCCUUCAGUCAUUUUGGUAACUUAAAAGUCCAUGAAAGGAUUCACACUGGAGAGAAGCCGUAUGAAUGUAAGGAAUGUGGGAAAGCAUUCUCUUGGCUCACUUGUCUUCUGCGACAUGAAAGAAUUCAUACUGGAAAGAAAGCUUAUGAGUGUAAACGAUGUGGUAAAGCCUUCACGCGUUCACGUUUCCUUCGAGGACAUGAAAGGACUCACACUGGAGAGAAGAUGCAUGCAUGUAAGGAAUGUGGGAAGGCGCUGAGUUCUCUCCGUUUCUUGCAGAGACAUAAAAGGACUCACUGGAGAGAUACUCUCUAAGUGUGGGAAAGCAUUCAUUAAUUUUAUUUCAUUUCAGAAACAUGAAAGAAAUCACAUAGGAAUAAGCCUCAUGAAUGUAAACACAUGGUAAAGCCUUAAGAUGUUUCUUUUGAAGAUGGUUAUCACCCAGCCAUAUGCAGGGUAUUGGUUCCAGACCCCCUAAGCACACCUAAAUCCACAGAUGCUGUGUCCCUUCUAUAAAAUCACUUUUGCAUGUAACCUGUCUGCAUCCUCCUGCAUCCUGUAAAUCAUGCCUACAUUGCUUUUCACCAACCCAAAGUUUUUGUCAAAGUAAAAAUAAAAAGAUUACUAAAUA